AUGGGAAGCACUGGAACUCAAUCAUGGCUCGACAAGCUCGAAGAGCAGCUCAACGUGGAUGUCGACUGGAUGGCUCCUGAGUGGAUCAAAUCCAUGCCAUUCAAGUUCCAUGAUCAGACCAGCAAUCAACUCUGGGUUGACAUCCAACUCGGCGAUGACUCGAACAAAGAAUUGUUCGAGCAAACUACAAAGGAGCUCAAAGACCAAGGCUGGCUCGCCAUCUAUACGCGCAUGGCAGUUCUCAUGUGCAAGAAGAACAUCGAUUUCAUCCAAGGACGUGUUCUUCUGCAGACACUUCCCUCCAAGGCCUACGACACGCAAGCAACUCUUGAUCAUGCACGCCUUUACGAUAAGGAAUUUGCCAGGGCCGGUAUCUCGCGAGAGCGAUUCUGUAUCAAGAUUCCUUCCACUGGGCCUGCUUUGAAUGCCGCAAAGAUUCUCUCUGCCGAGGGUAUUCCGACACUUGGCACGGCACUUUUCAGUCUGGCGCAGGCUAUCGCUUGCAGCCAGGCUGGUAUGCUGUACAUCAGUCCCUAUUACAACGAAACGCGGGCUCAUGAUGAGCUAUCUCUUUGGCCAGACGUUGCUGACCCUGCGCUGGAGCACCCAAAUUCUCCGCGCAUCGUUCAGAUUCUUGAGACGUACAAACGACUUUACAAGGAAACCGGAAAGGAACAACCCCUUGUGAAGAACGCCAGCUUCAUCACACCUCAAGAGGCUAUGGCUGCUGGUGAAAUGGGAUGCCACUCCGCCACAAUCUCCCAUACCGUCCUCGAGAAGCUCUCUAAGCUUCCCUAUGACGCUUCAAAGCAACCCGGAGAAGGCCUACCCAAACCUGUUCAUGCCUACAAGAACGCCAAUCCACUGCCGGAGCGUCUCAAAAAGCUCCUCUCUAUCGAUCCCUUGGCUGGACCAAACUGGGACGGAAAGUUGGCUAGCACUGAUAUCGAUUAUCUUGCUAACGGUGGUGCUGAGAUUGAUGAAGCGAAUGAAGCUGAUAAAGCGACCAAGACUCGCUUGGCAGAUGCGCUGACACUGUUUAUUGGUGGUGAAGAGCGAAGCAAGGCCAAGGUUGAAGCUAUGCUGGCUAAAGUGUAG